AUGGCUCAAUCAAUUGUUGGAUUAGAUAAUGUGCAACCAUAUAAAUUCUCAGAUUGCAGCAAAGCAGAUUAUAUAAGUGCACUGAUGGAUGGAAAAGAAGUAUGCCUACUCAACAAGCCUAAUGAGCUUGAGGUAAGAAGAUUAUGUGGUAACAGAAUUAUUGAUGAAGGUGAACAAUGCGACUGUGGUUCAAUAGAAGAGUGUAAAAGUCUAGAUCCAUGCUGUGAUGCUAUAACUUGCAAGCUUACUAGAGAAGCUGAAUGUGCAUCUGGACCAUGUUGUAAGAAUUGCAAGUUGCAGCAAAAGGGAUUCGUAUGUCGAGAAGCUAACAGUGAAUGCGAUCUACCAGAAACAUGUUCGGGUGACGUAGGUCACUGUCCUCAAGAUGUAUACAAAAAGAAUGGAUAUCCGUGCGCCAACAAAGAUGGUUUUUGUUUUAAUGGGUUUUGUCCUACAUUAAACGUUCAAUGUGAACAAAUUUGGGGUUAUGGAGGUAUUUCUGCUGAUAAUCAAUGCUUUGAACAGUUCAAUUCAAAGGGAUCCAUCAAUGGUCAUUGUGGCACUGACAUUUCAGGUCAUUUUAUUAAAUGUAAGCCAGAAAUAUUAAGGAUACCACACGAUCACAUUAAGAUUGGUAUAGUCCCAAACAAGAAUUACGAUGCACCUUAG